AGCACCGUUUUCCUUCCAGGAGAACCUAGAGGUGGCCAGAAAGCGAGCAAAGAAAAUACAGAAACGGUAACUAACGAUAGUUAUGAAGACGUGAUACCUUCCCAAAGCCAAAUAACCCACAAGGGACUGACUGCCAAGGAGAGACGACAAAUUAUGAGGAGCAAUGUGAUUCAAGUAUUAACAAAAUCGACAAUCAUGCCAUUUCGUUGGUUGAAGAGCUCAUACAGAUGCUUUUACUGCUACGAUAUAUUCCAAGAGGCGUCCGAGUUGAAGAAUCAUCAAAUAAAUCAUCCAGGAGAAGAAAUUAAAGAGCAAGCUAUGAACAACUUCUGGGAGCCAGUAGUUUAUGUGGACAUUUCGAAUCUAUCAUGUAAACUAUGCCCUGAAACCAUAACCGAUUUAUAUGAACUCAUCGAUCAUUUGGUGGCGAAACACGGGGUGAUAUAUAAUAAAGAUGUGGGAAUUUGCAUGGUAGCAUUCAAGUUGGAUAAUUUUUCUACUAAUUGUUUGGCUUGUGGCGCUAGUUUUUACACUUUCGGACCUCUACUCCAUCAUACAAACAAAGAUCACAAAGGUACCUCAGCUAUACUGUGCGACAUUUGCGGACAGCACUUCAAAGAUGCCAAUUUAUUAAGGCUGCAUGUAAAAACUGUCCACGAAAACACAGGUUUGCUUUGUCCGGAAUGUGGUGAAAAGUUUGAGACAAAAUCCAAAUUGAAAACGCAUCAAAAGAACCAACACGAUGUGGGCAAGAAGUACAAAUGUUUGGUUUGUUCUUUGACAUUUCAAAGUCAUUACAAAAGGUCUCGGCAUAUGGCCGUAGAGCAUAAGAACAGGCAGGAGAUCAAGUGUCUUCACUGCCCGAAGACGUUUGUCUUCCGAAGCAUGAUGAUGACUCAUCUCCGUGACACCCAUCUCAGGGUACGAAAUCAUAUUUGCGGGGUCUGUGGGUGGAAGGCUUUUAAUAAAAAUCGUUUAGCUAACCACAUGUAUAAGCACAGUGGUGAGAAAAACUUUAAAUGCGACGCAUGUGACAAAGCAUUCACCACGAAAAAGAUUAUGAGAGCGCAUUUCGUGCGGAUGCACAAAAAUAUGCAACAACCAGUUUUGCAUUACGACAAUCCUUACGUAGGGCAUUAAGUUUCAUUCGUUGGUAUUCAGAACUAAAUUGUUUCUAUGACCUCGUUGUGGUACACAGUCUACACAUUUGUAAAUCUUUUCGUUAAGAUGCAUAAGAUUUGCUUCACACACCAUCUUAGGUUGACACAUAAAAUGCCAUUAUUUAAAUAAUAUUAAAGAAUUUUAUGACUGAUAUACGUUAUUUGAGAACUUUGUUUUUGCUAUUUAGAUUAAAUCACUUUUAUGUAAGAUUAUACUGGGUUCCAGAGCUUAGAUACUUGUAGCUGUUAGUAAUAGGUUAAGAAUUAUUUAUUAUAUCAAAAUGUCUUUUAAUUAAGAUCUCAUAGGUUUCACCGAACACAGAAACAAAAACUAGCAAAAUUGAAAUGAAUAAUAUUUAUGCAACAAACGGUAAAUCAUAACAAGUAAAGUACCUGUAGAGUAUGCAUAUCCGGAAGCCACGACACACAAAUUCGACGUUGGUAAAAUUUUAUCAUGUAGAAUGCUUGUUAACAAAAAGUAUAGAACAAAUUAUCAGUUUUGUAGUAAGUAUAUCAAAAAAGACUUAUAAUUAGUAACAAUGAAUACACAUAUAUGAUGUUUUAAAAUCAGAAGUUCGUAUUUUGGUCGGUCAAUAGAUGUAGGCUUUGAAAAUCCGUUCUGUUCCCACUAAAUUAUAAUAAAAUCAUAAUUAUCAUAUAUUAUAACGAAUAGCUUCAUUAUAAACUUUUAAAAAGAUAUUAACGCAUAAUUUAUAGAUAUUUACUGUAAUAUGUUAGUUUAUUAAUUAUUAGAAUAAGUAGUAAUCUAUGUUUUAGUAUAUGAGUGUUGUCUAAGACUUGUAUUGCCUGUGGAAAUAUACUUGUAUUUAAAAUUA